AUCCCACACUAGGUGAUGGCUGCUCUUUAUUAUUAUCAAUCAACAUGUUUCAUUUAGAUGUCGAUAACCAUGAAAAAAAUGAUAAAAUCGUUAAGUAUCAGGUCGUUGACUUAUGAAAUACAAAAUUGGAAGAGCACAAAUAAACUGGAUAAUGAAACGAAAGAAGAGAGUUCUAGUAGAUUUUAUGAUUUUAGUGAACAUAAUUAUGAUUUAUCUAAAGAUGACGAUAAAAAUAUGACAAUUGAAGAGUAUAUAAAGGAUGAAAGGAAAAUCUUAAGUGAAUUAAACUAUUUAAAGGAAAUGCUGAGCACCAGUGAAACUGACAAACUUGACUUAUUUGAGACUGUGACCCAAUUAGUGGAAUAUUUAGAAAAUACUUUCAAUCCAGACCUUCAGAAGUCGAAAACUGCUGAAGAUGUUAUAGACUGUUUUCUAAGAAACAAAAAUUACUUUAGUUACUACAAAAGACUUUGUUCACAUGUGUACCACAUAAAAAAUUAUAUGCAGGAGGAGUUACAAAAGACUUUGCCCAAAGCAAAUUUUGAUAUUAUAAGUAACCAUUUGACAAAUAUAUUAAUUUUCCUGGGACGACUCAAAGAUACAGUCCCAGAAAGAGGAAAUGAUGUGUCCAAUAUCAUGAAUAUUGUUUAUCAAUUAACAAAUAUAAAGAUUGAAUUUAAAAUUAGGGAUACAAUAAAGCACAUAGUUGAAGAACAAAAAGUACAAGUAGGGAAAUGUAGUGACUUUAUAUCUAAAGUUUUACCAAUUCUAGACUCAGAAAUAAAGUUUGAGAAGCACAAAAAGCAUAUAAUAGCCAAACUGCCAGAAAUUUUCAAAGCAGAACUAUUAUUAGAAGAUCAAAUCAAACAAUGCACCAAAGAUUAUGAUUACAAUGAAUUGGCCCGACUAUUUUUUAAUAAUGAAGAGCUGCGAGUCCUGUAUGAGGAAAACGCCAAGUUGAACAGGUGCAGAAUUUCCAGACUGGCCUUUUGCCAAGAUUUCAAGUUAGAUGAUGGAGUGUUCUUUCUAAUAACCAGACACUUGCUGGCUUUAAAAAAGCACUUUACAACCCUGGUGUCUUUGUGUCAAGAGUACAAGGCGGACUCUGAGAGCUGUGAACGAGCUUUGGAUUAUUUCCACAAAUCUCUGGAAAAGCAAGACUACAUUUUAUCAACGGGGAACAUUGUAGGAGUGAACGUAGAUACCUUGGGAGAAAUUCUGCUGAGGGACAAGUUCUUAGCCAAAACUGAAAGGGGCACCUUUAACGCAGUGAUAUUCUUAUUUAAGAAGCACGUGGUGUUCACCAGAGAAGCCAUAGUGGGCUCACUAUCGACCUACAACUGUUUCGCCAGCCUUCCAAUCGACAAGCUUCAAUUUCAAACUGAGGACGAGUUUCAGUUGGUGUUUUAUGUCACAAAUAUGCAAAAAGAAAUACUCAUUGCCCACACCGAAGUGGAUCAUGGAAGCAUCCAACAGUGGAGGGACACUCUGCAGGGAUUAAUACUGGAGAAAAUCCAGGAGUUAAAAGAAGCUGCCACCAAGCAGUACUCAUUGUAUGAGAUAUUGAACAGUGGUUUGGCGCCAAAUAAGUGAUUCCGUUUUUUAGUUAAUGUUUAUUUUGUGUAUUUAUAAAUAUAUUAUAUUUUUCAUCAGUGAGUUUGUUCUUAUAACCAUAGAUACAAUACAUUUUGUAAUAUAUUGUUUGCCAGCUC